CGGAAUUGUUCAGACACGCACACGCGCAGAGACACGGACGGACACACAUGAACGAAGUCACCCCCACCCCACCCCGACCCUCCUGCCGGCAUUGAAACACGACACUCUCCUCGCCCAACAAGAUGAGAUCAUCUGCUGCUCUUGGACGAGUCCGAAUCUGAGUCCGAGUCAGAGCUGCUCGAGGAAGAACUGGACGAAGACUCCUCCUUCUGCACACACAUGACAUGGGCUCUGUCUGUCACGUCGACCGUCUGUGUGAGCGUGUUCGGCCAGCCCACCUUACUUACCUUGGCCUGCAUUUUCAUCUUCAUUUUCAUCAUUUCUGUCUGUUGUGUCUGCAGCUCCUCGCGCAGCCUCUCGGUGAGGCCCCCCAGACCGAUGGCCGUGAAGAAGUUGAUGGCGAACCGAAUGUUCUUCGGGUGAUCCGUCGGGAAGAUGCCCUGCAUGGGAUGGCAUGCAUGUGAUAGGCACACCCACACAGUGCAGUGCAAACAGGCACAUCAAAAGGAGAGAGGAGGGGGUGCACUGUGGUUACUUACGUCGUAGUAUUGCUUCAUGGUGGGGUCCUGGAGUCGCUUGUCGAGCUCGGCCAAACCCAGAUGCUCACUCAACUCCUGCCGCAACACACACACGGACAGGACACACCACACGCAGAGUGUGCCGUGCUAUGCCAAGCACAGCCGGCCAGCCCAAAGAGCACCGCACCUGGAAGAGGAUCUUGAUGAAGAUUCGUGAGGAAGAGGUGGUGGUCUCCUCGGUCAAACGGAUGUGAAUCAGAACCGUCCACGGCAACGCAUCUGCACCACCACACCACACACACAUACCACAGCCCCACUGAGUGAGUGGUCAGGGGGACCCCCAGUGCUUCCUUCCUCCCUGACCAGCUGACUGACCAGUGUAGAUGAGGUGUGCGAAGAACUUGGCUGUGUUGCGCAGCUUGUUGGUCUCUAGACGAUGCACCUGCGCACCGCACCCAGACAGACACACGGACAGGAAAGGACAGGACAGGAGGGGGGACGGGACGGAAUGCACGUGUGCCUUGUGAGAGUGUCUGUCGCCCAGCCCAUGCCGCCCCUCGCGCACUCACCGUUUGGUAUUGCUUGACGAAGCACUCGGCGAAUGCCUCCUGGUAGACCUGGUUGAUGCGGCACAGCCGCUCCCCCUGGAGGGCGAAGAACCGCUGGAACGUCCGCUCCUGGGCGCAGCAGUCGAUGAGCAUGGUGCACACCUCCAUCUCGUGACCCUCCUGCACACCACAACCACACACGGAUACGGACACAUCCGCCCCGCCCCGCCCUCGUGUUGACUACUAGCGGGUGCAUGGAGGGAGGGAUGGUUCACAAGCUGACCCGUACCUUGAUGUUGAGUUUCAUGAGUUUGUGUACGCAUUCCUCAAAGUUGAGGGAGGACAUGAUGGCGAGGUAGACGGUGCGGCGGAGGUUGAUGAGGUCCUGCUCCGUGUAGUCGACGAUCUUCUCCGCCGCCUUCUCCAUCUCCUCCUGCACACCACCAGCACAUCACAGCCAAGGGCAGAGCGUCUGUUGUGCGGUGAGUGAGUGAGUGCGUGGUUGUCUUUGGCUUGCUGACGUCUUCGCCCUCGUCAUCCUCUUCUGAAUCCUCACUAGACCCCUCGCCGCCACCUGACCAGCCAACAAAUGAAAUGGAGGGCAUACGCACAGGCACAGCGAGCGACCCAUGUGGAUGGAUGGAUGGAUGCGACACGCGUGUGUGUGUGUGUGUGUCUGUCUGUGCCCACGGACCUUCAUCGCCCUCGCCGAGUAUCUCCUUGGAGAUGCGCUUCCACUCCUCAUCCUCAGCCUUGUACUCCUGCACACACAUACCCACAUGUCAGUCAUGGUGCCAUGCCAUCAAUUAAGAGUCCCUCCCUCGCCCCUCGGCGGCUGGCUCCUUGUCUCAUUCCCUCACUGACCGAUGCCUUUUUGGGUUUGAAGAUGUUGAGCAUUUCGUCGCCCUUGAUCUCAUUGUCCAGCAGGUCGAUCUCGUGAGUGAUCUGGUCGUCCUCCUCAACCAGGUCCAGCUCCUUGAUGACGCCCACAAAGUCCGCAAACUGCUUGCGACGCGUCUCGAACAGCUUCUCUAUCACGUACUGCACGCGCUUGUCGAUCUCGCCCUCGUGCAAUAUCGCCCGGAAACGCUCGAAGAUCGCGUGCAUCCCUGGUGGGAGGGAGUGACAAACACGACAGACACGCAGCGGUGGAUGGAUGGAUGGAUGCAUGUGUGUGUGCGUCUGGGGGGGAGGGGAGGGGAGGGGAGAAAGGAAUCAGAUCUGACCUUGUGGAGCGAUUUGAGUGAGCACUUGUCCGCACUCCUGAAUGAAUCCGACGGCCACCUCGCAGCUGUCGUCGGUCACCUCGUCCAGCAGCAGCGUCACCAUCUGCAGCGCCAGCAGCUCGCUGGCCACCUUCUGGUUCACCUGAUGCAAUGCCACAUGGGUUCACACACACGGACACAGACAGACAGACAGACAGACAGACAAGUGCAGCCGAGCCGAGCGUGGUGUGCCUGUUGCUCUCUGUGUCCUCUGUGUGCGCUCUGUGUGUCCUCUGUGUGUGUGAGUGUCUAGGCACUGCACCAUGUGGGCGAGGAACUUGAUCACGGCGAGCAGAACGAUCUUGUCGUUACGACGGUACGCGCGCCUGCACAAACCCACACCCAUCCACACCACACCACACAAGCAAGCAUCCACCCAUGGGCGGCACACGACACGUGUGUAUGUAUGUUUCUAUCUUGUUCUUCGCCCUACCUACCUGAACUGCAGAAUGACGCGUUUGAUGAUGAGCUCCCCCACGGCGGGCAGCUUGCUGUUGACCACCGCCAGCAGCGCCGCGUAGACGUGGGUGAACCCGGGACUCGCCAUCUGCGCACGCAGCAGCGAACGGGCGAACAAACCACGACCGCGAAUCAAGUUCUCGCGAAACAACUCCUGAUGGAUUGAGAGGAAAGCACCGCAGGCAGCAUCACAUCGCACCACACACAACACCAGACAGACAGAAGUUGAGAAUUGGCCGGCCGAUGUGAUCGAUGUGCCCCCCACCCUUUCAACCCCGUUCAUUGUGUCGGCCGCUUUGUACGUGCGUACCAGGACAAGGUUGGUGAUGUUGUUGACGUUGACCUUGUUGACCAGCCCGUUGAGCGACUUGCGCAGCGCCUCCCAAGCCUCUCGCUGGAACUCGGGCGAGAACUCUUCCUUCUGGCCAAUACCUUCCCGCAGCUUGGCCAGCUUGAACGGAGGGAUGUACACGCCGCCCGUGCGGCCCAGCGACUCGAGCUCUACAUGGGAUAUCUUGCGCUUCUUGUAGUCGUCCAGCUCCUUCUCCUCGUCACGACUCAGCGGCGGCUGGGCGCGACGACGCUCCUCGGGCGGAGGGGGAGAGCCGUUCAUCGCUGACGACGCAGCUGCUGCUGCAGACCUCUCGGCUGCAGCUGCGGGAGCGGGAGGGGCGUCGAGCGCGUCGCGUACGGCGGGGGCGGGGCCGUCUGGCUGCUUGUCCUUGUCCCGGUCCUUCUCUUCGUCGAUCCUGCGCUUCUUGGGCGGCUCCUGUGUGUCCUCCCUCUGGCUGCUGGCUGCUGCCGAUGCCGAUGCCGAUGCCGCAACGGUAGGUGGGACAGGUGGCGGGGGCAUCAUGGCGGCAUCAGCUGCCGCCGCCGCCGCCUUGUCUGCCGUCCUGCCCUCCUCCUGCCCCUGCUGGUUGUCGUCAGGGUGCUUGCGCUUCCUCUCCUCCCGCCGCUUCUUGUCUCGCUUGCGUCUUCUGCGCUGCUCCUCGUCACUGCUGCUGCUGCUGCUGCUGUCAGAACUCCCGCUGCUGCCACUCACAUCCUUGUCCUUGCGAUUGCGGCCGCGACCUUUGCUCCCCCUCCUCCGAUCACCGGCAUCAUCCUCGUCGCGGCGAGACCUGCCUUCACGCCCUCGGCUCGGCUCAUCACGCUCACGCCUGCCCCUCCUCUCGCCCUUCUGGUCGUCUAGCUCAUCUUCGCCUCGACGACCACGGCCAUUUCUCUCACGGUCACUCAUGCUGAUGCGAUACAGAUCUACCAGGCCUUCAAACCGAG